AUGAGGAUCCUGGCUCCCGCUCGGGCGCAGUGGGCGAAGGCCGCCAGGCACCCGCAGACGGAGCACCCUGCUCUGUCGCUGCCUCGCCACCGGCUCCGCUGGCCCCAUCUGACCCUGGGAGCACGGGCCGGGCUGCGGCAUGAGCUCGCAGGCGCCACUGCCAGGCUGGAGGAGAAGCUCGCCCAUGUCGAGACGUAUGAGACGGUGUUGCCGCGCAAGGUGCCGGCACCUCGGGGGAAGAGGGACCUCUCUGCACCACUGAGCAUCUACCCAGACCACGUCCUCUACAGCAUCCGUGCCGAAGGCAGGGACUACCUCCUGCGGCUGGAGAAGAACAAGGAGCUGCUGGGGCAGCACUACACUGAGACACACUACUCAGCCAGCGGCACAGAGAUCACGGAGAAGCCAGACGUUCAGGAUCACUGCUUUUAUCAGGGCCACGUGCAAGGAUACGCUGACUCGGCAGUGAGCAUCAGCACCUGCAGCGGGCUCAGUGGGUUUUUCCGGGUGAAUGAGACCACCUUCCUGCUGGAGCCUCUGGAGGAGGAUGCGGCCGGCCGGCAUGCCGUGUACAGAGCAGCUCACCUGCGGGGGAAGCACGGCACGUGUCAAGAGUCUGGUGCCACCCUGGAAUAUGACCACGAACCGAAAAUUCCUGCAGCCAUGAAGCUCUACCGCUGGAAAUCAGCUCCGUUACACAAAGGACCCCGAUACGUGGAGCUGGUCCUGGUUGUGGACAAUGAGGAGUUCAGGAAACACAAGGACUUGCGCACAGUGCAGAACCGCAUGAAGGAAAUCGUGAACCACGUUGACAAGCUUUAUCAGCCUCUUCACCUGCGGGUGGCCUUGAUUGGCUUGGAGGUGUGGAGCCACAAGGACAAAAUCGUGGUCAGUCCCAACCCAGAGGUGACACUGGACAACUUCCUCCACUGGCGGGAGGCAGAACUGCUGCGGAGGAAGCCACACGACAAUGCCCAGCUGAUCACGGGCAUAGACUUCCACGGCACGACCGUAGGGCUUGCCAAGAAGCUUGUGAUGUGCACCAGGGACUCAGGCGGUGUCAACCAGGACCACAGCACAAAUCCUAUCGGCGCUGCGUCCACCAUGGCUCAUGAGAUGGGGCACAACCUGGGAAUGUCCCAUGAUGAAGAUGUUGCUGGCUGCCGCUGUCCUGUCCCCAAAGCUGAUGGAGGAUGCGUCAUGGCGGCGAGUGUUGGCUUGGUUUACCCCAAGCUCUUCAGCCGCUGCAGUGAGCAGGACAUGUGGCAGUUCCUCGGGGACCCCAGGACCAGCUGCCUGCUGAACGUCCCUAGGGCAGAUGAGCUGUACGGGGGGCCAGUGUGCGGGAACCAGUUUGUGGAGCGGGGAGAGCAGUGCGACUGUGGCACGCCAGAGGAGUGCUCCGACCGCUGCUGCAAUGCCACCACUUGCCAGCUGAGAGAGGGAGCCGAGUGUGCCCGGGGGGACUGCUGCCAGGACUGCAAGGUGAAGGCUGCUGGUGCACUCUGCCGGGCCAGCAAGAACGACUGUGACCUGACUGAGCACUGCACUGGCCUCAGCGCUGAGUGCCCAGAGGACGUAUUCCAGGAGAACGGCAUCCCCUGCCAGAAUGGCAAUGGCUACUGCUACAACGGGGCCUGCCCCUCGCAUGGCGAGCAGUGCCGCGCGCUCUGGGGCGCAGAGGCCCAGGUGGCUCCUGAUGUCUGCUUUAGGCACAACAGCGAGCAACAUCUUCACCUCCACUGCCUCACUGAGUAUGGGAAGCGGCCCUGCAGCCCCAAGGACGUGAAGUGUGGCACGCUGUUGUGCCUGAGUGACAACACCAGCCCCGUCCUUGGUGACGGCUCCUACUCCCUCUUUUUUGGCCGCUUCAAGUGCAAGGCGGUCAUCGCUAGCAACGAUGCCAAUGAGGUGGUGGCCAAGCUCAGGCUGGUGCCCACAGGCGCCAAGUGUGGCGAGGAGAUGGUCUGCUAUGCUGGGCGCUGCCAGAACCUCCUGGUCUAUGGCAACAAGAACUGCUCGGCCAAGUGCAACAACCAUGGGGUGUGCAACCACAAGCGGGAGUGUCACUGCGAGCCAGGCUGGGCAGCACCCUACUGCGAACGGAAGAUUUCGGAGAUGGCAGCAGGACCUCCGGCGGGCCUGCCGCUGGCCUCGCCAACCCACUCUUCCAGGAGGGCGGCCGGACGCGACCCCCCCGCCGCCAGCUGUCCCGCCGUGACAUCGGCCAUCCCAACCUGCUCAGCAGCACGGCAGCCCCGCGGGACGCCAAGACCCUCGGGCCCUGCCGCCCGGCCCCGCAGCCGGGGGCUGCUCUCAGACAUCGCCCCCCGCCAGCCUCCCCCUGGCCUGACCGGCCCCGGACAUGCGAAGCCAAAGCCGCCCAGCAAGCCUCUCCCAGCGCUGAAGAGCAAGGCGCAGUGCCGCGGCGAGGGGCCGCCAGGACCAGCCCUCCCGUGCUCUCCGAUGACAACCCCCUCGGUCUUUCAGCGGGGCGUCCCCCCGAAGGUGGCCCUGAAGCUGCCCCCAGCCAGGAGGUGA